AUGCCAUUUAUUGGUAAAGACUGGCGUGAUCCCGGUGAAGCAUGGAUUCGUUGUGCGCAUACAGCCGGCUGGGAAAAGAUGAAAUUACGACCCAUUCAAAUGAGCGCUGUAGAUGUCUCCUCAUUAGGUAUAUCAUCACCACAACGAUCAAGAUGUUCAUCACCGAUACAGAUUGAAAGAGUCAAUUCAGCAAAUUCAUUAUCAAGUAGUGAUGAAAAUGGAUUCUCACGUAGCGAUAAUCAGAAUUCAGGCUCGGAAAGUGAGGAUUGGAUUCCGCAUUGUUAUAUAAAGAUGGGCAAGUCAAAAGAAUUCAUUGGCUGUACAAGCAUGAGCGAAGCAUUUCACAGACUCAACUUGGCGCGUGCAGUGAGAGAUAUUCGCAAAUUCAAUUACGUUUCCAAAGUAAAAUCUCUUAGUAUUUAUAUUUCAUUUCAUUUCAUUCUCUAUGAUUUAAUGAUUAGGCGUGAAUUUCAGGUAGUACAAAUUCUUGUACGGGAUAAGUUACAUAAUUUAAGCGCAACAGCGCGAAAGAAUCUUCUUGCAAUAAUUCAAGCCAUGGUGCUUCUCAGUGUUGAAAAAGAUGUGCAUAUAUCAACGGCACGUUCACUAGUUCAGGAUUUCGCAUCGGGUCUGAAUAACGGUAUGGAAGGCCGUCUUUGUGGGUCACCAAAGUUAAUCACUAGACAGAUCGGUACUGCUAGUGACUUACUUGAGGUGAUCUCUGAACGUAAAUUGCAUACGUUAGCAGAGAGUGAAGAGGGCUCUACGACCUUUAUGGAUCUACCUCGUGAACUUCUUUCUAUUAUCCUCAGGAAAUUACCGGAUCAUGUAUCGUUAUUAGAAGUAGCUGAAGUACAUGAAACACUCAACGCAAUUGUACAAAACGAGAGUAAAGUUUGGUCGACGUUGUGUCAGUUUCACUUCUCGCAGGAACUUAUCGAUAAGCAUUUUGCGAAUUCGAACGGAUCUUGGCGACAUACUUUCUUUGAACUGAAAAAAUAUUAUGGCUUACGUGUUGCAUAUGCGGAUUUGAUUCAUUUGUGCUGUCAUUGUAGAGCGAUGUUUUGGAAGGAUAAUGGUCAUCCUUGCCCUUCAGACGAUGCGCCAUCAGUAAGUGUGAUGCCCGAGCAAUUCGUUGAUAUGCUCUUAUUCCUCUGA